UGUGCGUGUGUUGUCGAGGCGCGCGCAGUGUUUACCGCGCGGCUCUCUGGCCGGCAGCGCUCGCAUUCACGUGUUUGUCGUGCGAAAUCGAGUUUUCCGGCGGCUGUCGAGCUGCAUUAACGUCCCAUGGUGUUUUCCUUCCAGUUUAUUGGUGCUAAUUCGUGCCGGAUAACGAUAACAUUCGGGGGCCAGGCCGUUUUUAAGCGUACAUUCGGCGCGGCUCAUAAAAAUUAUAGGUGUUUUUGGCGGAUGCGAUGAAUAAAUUUUGCAAAUCGAGUCGUAGUGUCGAAAAGGCUUGUGAGAGCUAUGUUUUGAUCCGCCGGCGUUUGGUGGAUGUGCCGGGUGUUGCGGACGCGGUCUGCCUUGCGGUGCUUAUCUUGAUCUCUGUGAAACUCCGGUUGUGCAGGCUGAUCGCGCAGUGGGCGCUCGUGCCUGGCGACCACACUAAUAUCACCAAGGACCUUUUGGAGAAGCGCUUUUCUGAAGCGAACGUAUGCUAAGGACUAAACUGAAGUGAAACGAACGUUACCCGUGAAGACUUCUAGCAUAGGAACCUUAUGUGCCAUUCGAAACCAGAUUACCACAAGCAGUGAUAUUUAGUCUUAUCUAGUGAUAGUGAGUAACCGUGAUAAACUAGUAAUAGGUGUUAAAGCCGUUAGUUUUAGUGUUGAACGUAACCAAAAAGAAGCGAAGCUGGCUCCUUACAAGGAUAUAAUGAACUCAUCCAGCAUGAGUUCGACGGUGCCUACGAUUAAGUGCGAGGAUAGUUCUCCGUCGCCGUCUGCGCCGGUGGGGACGGACGGAGAGGCGGGCACUGGGGCAUACAACCUGAGCGUGAACGUGAACCUGAACGCAGCCAUGAUCAACCUCCUGAGCGUGGAAACACCCAACACCACCACGCUUCACACGCCUGAGAUCGUUAACGACGUUAUCACCAUGACCAAUCCUCUCGACCAGUAUAACUACAAUGAGAAAAAUUCCAGUUUCAAGAGCAUGAGCGGAAAUGACUCCAACUCCUCGAUGUCCAAUGGCUCUUCAGCCACUUCACCAGCCUCUGGCACUCCACCAAGCAUACAAAAGACUUGCUCGGAGCUGAUCAAGGCCGGCUUAAAGUUGUCUAUAGAGUCGAAGCGCAAGAUGUCUGGCAGUGACACCGACAUGGGCAUCAAGAGGAUGAAGAAGGAAGAGAGUGAUGAGGACUACGACAGCAGUCAUACGGUCACCAAAAGUGAAGGGUUAACACCAGAGGACGAAGAGCGGAGACGGCGGCGAAGAGAACGGAACAAGAUAGCAGCCACUAAAUGCAGGCUGAAGAAGCGGGAGAGAACCGUCAACCUGGUCACGGAGAGCGAGGUCUUGGAGACGCAGAACAUCGAGCUCAAGGCACAACUAAAGGAAUUGGAAGUCCAAAAGCGGCAACUGGUGGACAUGCUGUCGCUUCACGCGCCGUCAUGCGUCAAGAACAAUAAUUCUAACGCGAGGCAAUCUCCCACUACCUCCUACAACAUGCUUCGGCCGUACGACUCGCCUUCAACAUUCCCGGCUAACUUUGAAGCCCAGUCGCCUUACAUCAGACCAGAAUCAGCCAACGUGCUCGCUUCUAGCUACACAUGCGUCAUUCCUGUUAAUAACGAGUAUAUGGACACCAUGACUUCCCUUGAAACGAUCUGUGGACAAUCCCAACAAUUAGACGUGGACUACACAAGACCUGACAGCGUUCUCAGCCUACCUCCAAAUUCUGAGGGCAAUUACGUCACAACAGAUGGGUAUCUCCCUAAAUCGACCAAUCUAAUCGUCCCAUUGGACGCAGAACAAGAAUAUUACGAGGAGGUAAACUACCAUCCGCAGUGCAAUACCUACCCGGUCUCAGACGCGCAAAACAAGCUUAACGGCCUAAACGACAGAUGCCUUGUCUAGUUAAGUACAGAUGUUUAUAAUUUUCGGCGGGUCCAAAAUUUAUUUUCGACAAGUAUACGUAUAUUUAGCAUUGGAGUUAAAAAUAAUUCGAAAUAGAGUACCGUUGAUUACAAGUUUUCUUCAACUGUCUUUGUGAUAAAACAAUGUAGGAAUAAGGUAUCGUUAAAUCGCUUGGUGUUACCCUUGAAUAGAUUAUAUUGCCAGAUAAAUGCGGCGGGGAUUUAUUUCGAAACGAAAUCGUAUGUCUACUGUGUAGAACAGCAUCGUAUAAUGUGGUAGGUACCUACAAUACCUGACGGGUACAAGAACUGGAACGAUACAUUUUAACAAUAUACAAUUUUUUAAACACAUAUAUUCCUUUCUGAAAAUUUUUAUCAUUGUUUAAGUAUAUAUAUAUUUAUAUCACGGUUUUUAUUUUUCUGAUGUUUUAAAAUCAUCUUUAAUCAAUGUGCAGUAACAGGUGCAACUGUAAAACAGUUCGUUAGGUAGGUAUAUCACAUAAUAUUUUAUUAUUAUUUAGAUUUUAAAUGUCUAACAUAAUUUACCAUGUUCGUUUUAUUUUAAAAGUUCUUUAAUUUUGCUUUGAUCUGUUAAUGUAUUGUGGUUUCAAUAUAAGAUCUGAUAUGUGUAAGUUGCGUUGCUUAUCUUUUUAAAAUCGGUGUCAAAUCAAUACACGAGUACACUACCCGGAAUAUAAGUCAAAUGAAAAUGGCGUUGGCCUACUGCUACUACUAGUACAGUCAAUAACAUAAUUAGGUUCUAAACCGCCUUGUCUAUGUAAGUGUAAUUUCAUUUCACUGCGUAUGCGCAUAGGUGCAAACUUGGUGCCGGGCUACUGCAUUCGUCAAGUCUCUAGUCUAUGUUUGUGACAUCGUUGUGAAAUAAGGCAUAAAAGACAUUAAAAUAUCUUAAUACAUCACAUCAUAUAUAUUCCAGUACAAUAUUAGAGUAAAACAAUACCUCCUGUUGAAAUUCCGAAAAUAUAUUUAUGUUACAAAUAUUAUAUUCACAGAUAAUUAUGUAAUAUACAUCAUGUUACAAAUGUUUAAUAUAAAAUAGUUUUAGAUGCUUUAACUCCGAUCAAGACGUGAUAAAAAAUACUUAGAUUUUAAAUUAAGAUAGAAUAGGUAAGUUAAUAAAGGCAAAAUAAUCACAUACUUCAGAUACGAAUAUGGUCACAUAAUCUGAUUAAACAAUUUAAUUAAAAAAUACAUGUUUGCCGAUAAAUGACAACGGAAUGUAUGCGUGAGAGGCGUCUUCUAAGUAAAGGAACACAUAUGAAAAAUGAGUAUAUUGAAAAUCAUAAUACAUAAAAAUAUUAAGUAUAUCAUCAAUCAGAAAAAAAUUAUGUGGCCUUAAAUCAUUUCACAACUUAUUUAAAUAUUAUAAGUUACAUUCAUCAUAAUAUUAAGUAAGUAAAGUUUUGUUACUUGGUUGUUAUUAUUAUAAAUCAUUAAUGGACUAAUAAUAUGUGUUUAGUUGUAUCACGAACUUAUCUGAGUUACUGGGGAUUUUUUUAUUUGCGAUUAAAAAAUGAGAUGUCCUAUCUUUUUAUGAGAGAAAUGACGGCAAAUAGCUAAGAACGCAUAAUAUACUUUGCAUAAUAACUGGAGUUGGACAUUAUGCAAUAAUAUAAGGCGCACAAUAUUUUAGGAAUCUUUAAAGUCAUUCACGCUAAUUCAGAGUUUCUGGAUAUAUAUUAAGUUUUUAAAAUGAAAGUUUUUAGAUUAUUUAUUUAGUCAAACCUUAUGGCCGACUAAAUAAAUAAUCUAAAAACUUCUUAUCAUCAGUUCGGUAUUUCAACAUGUCAUUUUUUUUUUAAUGUAAAGUUAAUGAGGAGUUAUACACGGUCCUCUUUUACCUUCGUAAAGUAGCUCAGAUAAAGAUAAGCAGAUUAUACAAGACAGUGCUUUCUGCGUACCAGUGAUCCUAGUCUACGUGCGCCUAAAGGGCGAAUGUCAGUCGAGUGAGCAUUUAUUUUUAUAUUGUUGACACCAUGUUAUUGAAAAGAAUCUAAUACAUAAGCAUAAUAAGGGCCGACACUACUGAUAUACUUAACCUUGAUUUAUUAUUUUUUUAAAUAUGUAUAUAGCCAUUUCGUAUGAUUAUGAUAUCAUAUCUCCCAAAUUGUGACUGAAAAUUAAUAGCUCCUUUCUGCGGAGAAGUUUUUACUACCAAAUUCAGAACUAUGGCUUUACAUGCCAAACAGAAUUACUACGGAAAUUUAUUUUAAAUAUUCUACAAUGAGUUUCUUUUAAAAAUAAAAACUAUUUCAUUACAAAGUUGGAACAAUAUCACAAAGUAAUUGUGACCUUCUCUGAAGUGAAAAACACCUGUAUUAGAAGUCCUACGAAUCAUAACUUUGCAAACGAAAUCAGAUUAUCAAAAUAUCAAGUGUAUUGGCUCUUAAACAUGUUAUACGUGGUGAAAAUUAUUCGGAAUAGAUAUCUAUUGUGUAAUGAAGUGUUGAGUCUCUAUAUGUUAAUUUCUAUUUUUCCUUCCUGUAUUGCCAUGGACCUCGACAUAUUAUUGUGAAAACAUGCUGGACAUUUCAGCUAGUGAAUUUUUCAAGUAUGUAUGUACUAAGUUCAUGGCGUUCGAUUCGCUUUGAAGAUUGAAUGUACCGUCACAGUAAUCUUAAAUUUAAGAUUAACUUUUGAAGGUAUUGUUAUGGUAUACUUUGCAUAAAGAUGAGCUAGUUUCCUUGAGAAGUUUAAUCCAAUAUAGUCCAUGAAGAUUUGUACCUACAUUUUAUUUUUAAUUUAAAAAUGAUAUCUUUUUUUUUUAUAUAUCCAUCUUUAGUUUGUAAAAAAAUAACUUUUUUAAAGUUGUAGGACUUAAUGACUAAACUUCUCUUUUCUAUUCCUGUUUUCUUCUUCCAAUAUUGGUAAGUUGUGAUAGUACAUUACUAUUACUUUGGUUGUAAGUUAAAACCUGCUAGUAUUACAAUUAGUUUAUCAAUCGUUGUUAUAUUAUAAGAUUGGUUAUUAUUAUGUCUGUAAUAUAUAUAUAAUAUAAACAUUUCGUUUUGAUAUUAUUGUCAUUUUUAUUCAUAUUAUUGUUAAAACUUUCUUAACAAUCUUGAAUGUAUUUAAUUAAGGCGAAUUUAUGUAAAUAGAUUUUAGAAGGCCUCUAUUCUGUUAUAAGGCUUUAAUAUAAUACUAAAGUUAUAUUUUGUGUAAACUUGAUACCCUUUUAAAUGUUUAUAAUUCUGACAAUUGUCACAAACAGAUCUACACUUAUAGAUUUAUCAUUGUUGAUUAUUUCACCAAACUUUUUGCAAUAAACGUCAAAAAUAAUAUUUGCUUUAUCUGAAUUUUAUAAUUAUUUUAUGAAUUGUUACCGAAUAGAUUACCAAUACAUAUAUAAUAGAUAUGACAUAAGUAAUUGUUCUAAUUUAUGAUAAAUUAUAUUUUAAAGCACCAAGAAUUCUAAAGGAAAAUAUUUUAUUCUGUUACUAAAUUAACACAGAAAUCGAAUUUUAGAAAGGCGUUAAGAUAAAAAAAAUCUCAUUUCCGUCAUCUUAUAGAUGAAAAAAUGUUUGUUUGUUUCACUCAAAUGACUUAUAAUAUACAUUAAAGUGUAUAAAAUUGAUGCAAAAUAAUUAAUAAUCGCAUAUUAUAUUGUUUAGGUAAUUUUGAAACGUAUCUAUUCAGUUGAAGAUUGAACCUUUUUUUUACAUACAUUAGAUUUUUCGGCACAAGAUUACUUUGAUCCGACGCUUUAUGAAAUGAAAACGAUCUCCUUUAUACCUAAAUGUAAUAUGUAACUUAUAUUCAGGUGCUCAUAGAUUAAAUGUCUAUACUCGAUGCCUUACACAAUGAAAUGCCUUAUGUGUCGUGAACAUCAUUUGUACCUGCUUAUAAAUAUAUUUUCACAGUCAAAGCAAAAUUAUCGCGCUUAUGAAUGAAAAAAUAAAUUAUAUAUUGCAUA